AUGGCAAAACUGUUUCGUAUGAUCAGACUCAAUGAUCGUUUCGAUACACAAGUCUUUACGUUUGCUCUGCCAAAUAAGAUUCUACGAGAAUUUUCACCAGACGUGUAUUCAAAGGAUUUUGUUUACGGUUAUCAGAAAUGGACGGUAAGCUUUGUUAAAAGCGACCACCAUUUGGGUGCUUAUCUAAAACUGCAGACCUCGUCUGCCGCUAUGUUGUGUAAACUGGAUUACUCCUUUACAUUUCUUAACAGUGAACACUUUACAAAGAAUGAAUCUUUUCUGGAGAAGGGUUGUGAAUUCUCUGAUCAGGCGGACACAAAAGGUCGAAAAACAUUUGUGCCUCUGGAAGAUUUGAUGCUGCGGAAAUUUAUGCAAGAAAAUGGUGAAUUUCUUGUCGAGCUAGAGCUCCGGAAUGUCGUGUCUACAUUAAAUUGUUGUCUAAAUAUUCCUAAAGAUUACACAAAUCGGUACACAUACGGUCCCCGGAUGGAAUCACCCUACUUCUCAUUUGGUUUGUUCGACUGGAGCAUUUCUUUGUUUCCCAACGCCAGCACGGCAGACACUGAGAGUAAUGUGGCCAUCCAGCUUCAUCGUCACACCAGUUUUGACCACUUGUGUAACGUCAAAUAUCACGUGACCCUUGGGGAUAGCAAUCCUUACGAUUCCGGAACUAUCGAUCAGCUGCUGGACGCCACCGGAAACAGUGAUCCUUACGUCAUCGGAUCCACCCUACAACUACUGGCCAAGGGUCGUACGUCUAUAAAAGUCAGACUGGACAUGUACUCGGUCGUGUCUGUCAGUGAGGUUUCACUUUUAGUGCUAAAUAGGAACAAAAAUCGUGCCCAUCUGUACGACCGUGACAAGCAGGCAUGGAUGUUAGAGGCAGACGCGAGUGGGAAAUUUCUGGCCUUCCGGUUAUACUAUACAGAUAUUUCACACGUGCCACGGAAAUUUACGCGAUAUGUGUCGUUCAAUAUUGUGGUUGUGCCCGCUAAUCCAGAGAGGAACACGUCACGAGCUCCCAAUGGCCCAUUCUAUAGGUAUUAUGUCCAGCAAGACCUCGACGACGGCUACAUGGUGCACACCGACAUCAAGAUCGACGAGCUGAACGAUCCAGACGGUGACUUUCUCAGUAGUGAUGACCAGACACUCACUGUCCACAUCGAGUGGAUAGACUCCCAUCUACUCAUCAGUCCAAACUUUCACAGCCUUGACGACGCAACCAGACUACAUAAACACCAAAUGAUGCGAGAAAUUCUGGCAUUGCAGGCGGAAAACUAUGCGUUGGAAAAACAAGUUUACAGCUAUCAGCAAUCGAUUGCCAGGACAAAUGCCAGAUGGCCUAGUUAUGGCAGCCAAGACGAACCAUCAAUAAACGACAAGCGCCAGUGA